AUUACUAGGUAGGCCUGCCUGUGCCGUGAGAUAGGUAGCGAGGGCGGUCUAGGACGGCAGAACCUCACGUGUACUAACAAAAAAUGGCAGAACGAUGGAGAAUUAUCUGGUGAUUAUUAUUGCCUCCGCUGUAUGCCAGUACGUGGAUCCAUAUGCCAAUACUCUGACCAUAUGCCAUAUACGCCAUAUACCGGCACUCGGCUGCAUCUUCCGUAUAUCAACAAAAACGGCCAUGUGGAUCCUGUCUGAGUCGCUGCAUUCCUAAAGGCGUCCACCGUCAUGCUGGAUCGGACCGCGUUCAUCUUUGAUUUCUAAAUUCUCCCGCAGUUAAUUAUUAUACGUCCUCUUCGAUCGGCCGAAGAAUCGUCAUACAUGUCGCUCGCCGCGCCCUCCUCCGUCUCCCCCUCUUCUCUCGCGCUCCGUCUGCGUCUCCCCGUAACCUGACCGUCGCGUAAUGCCCCCUCCGUAUCCCAUCCGCCGCAGACCACGCGAGUGCAAAACAUGCCUGCCGUGCCGCGCCAGCAAGGUGCGCUGUGAUCGCAAUGUGCCGUGUGGCAAUUGUGUGAAACGCAGCCAACCCGCAAACUGCGUCUACGGCCGUCCUCCCCCGGAUUCUCAACCCGCCGCUGCUACGACCACAACCCCGACGGCUACGUCUACCGAUGCACCGCAGCUACGGUUUGCGCAACAGCACACCUCCCAGUCUCCAGCACGCUCUGCGUCUUUCAAUGCACAUUCUGACGCGCCCGCGAACCCUCGCGAGCCUUAUCCAUCCCUUCCUGCGUCCUUGAGACCGCACAAUGCGGCACCCGUCUCGUCAGAACCCAUCAGCCUGCCCCAGGAGGAAUGGGACCAGAUCUGCAGCAAGGUCACUGCGAUGGAGGAGAUCAUCGACAGUCUGUACAAGCUGGUUCGCCUAAACAACCAGUCGAGUCUGCCCCGGGAACCCCAGCGGUCAUCACAACCACCGCUGCCGUCGUCGUCCCGUCCACUGGCCGAGGUCGAACGCGAACGCGAACGCGAACCUUCCCCGCAACCCCAGACGGUCUACGGGCCCAGUGCUCUCGAUCCUGACAGCGUGCACGUGGGCUCGCGGUCCGCUUUGGCCGAUAUUCUGGAGAAUUCACGCGCCUCGGAUGAGAUAUCCCAAGCGCUACCCAAGGGCGACCUGCUGGCGGAUCUGGCAUUGGGGAAUGAGUCUGCGGCAUACCCCUUCGUGGAUCUGUGGUCGUCGGAUCCGUUCAACUUCAACAUUGCAGGAGUGUGUGGGGUCUUGCCCGACGAUCAACAGUGUUGCAGGUACCUGGCUUUCUACAGAGAUAUCGGCGUGGUCCUUUAUCCCGUGCUACCGGACGUUUCCCGGCUGGAACAAGCCGCGAAGCAACUGCUCCAGGGUCGUGCGCGUGCUGGUGGUAUCUACCGGCCCGAUCCCGACGGUCCCAUCAAGCCAUUUGGCGUCAGUCUGGCGUUUCUCGGUCUUUUCUUUGCCGUCCUAGCGUCUGGCUGCCAAUUGUCCGAUGCCCCCAGGCACGAAAGGGAAUUGACAUCCUGGGUAUAUGUUUCCUGUUCAUAUCAUUGUCUGCGUAUGAUCAAUUACGUCGCACAGCCCACAUUAGAGGUAGUCCAAAUUCUAUUGAUCAUCAGUAAUGUCUUGUCCUAUAAUAUGAACGCCGGCGCGUCCUAUACCUUGCUCGGCAUGACGGAGAGGUUGUGCAUGAAUCUCGGGCUCCAUGUUGAAUCCACCCAGUACUCGGGAAAUCAGCAGGAUGUCCGGAGGAGGAUCUGGUGGGCUAUGGCCUUCCAGAACAGUCAUUUUUCGCUCGCAUAUGACCGUCCAUCGAUCACGAUGGUCAGUCAACCGGAGAUUCCCUUCCAUCGGAAGUCCAUGCCCGGGUAUCGAUCCUAUUUUGAAACAUUAUGCCGUGUAAUCCAAUUGUCCCUCGACGUGCUGCGGGGACGGAUGACGCCACCCCAUCCACGGGGGAAGUACCAUGAGAUCCGUGAAUAUCAACAACGGAUGCAGCGGAUCCUCGGGGAAGCGGUGCCUCAUCUUCGUCAUCGCGAGAAGUGUACGACUCUUGCGGAUCAUAUCGAGCGGUCGGAACUGCAGCUCCACUCAUCGUAUGUCAUCUCCGUGCUGUGCCGAUCGGCGUUAGACUCUUCCACCUCACAUCUGCAGUCGGAACGGCAGGUGGCGAUCCGGGAGGAUUGUAUUGCGAGCUUGAUCAGCACGAUCGAAGCGUUCGUAGAGCUGCACUCGAUCAACACACAUUGUUCGCGGUCGUGGAUCAGUCUGCAGCGGACCAUCGCAUCGGCCUUUCUGCUGGUGGCCAACGAGCACGGCCAAUCGCAUCCCCGAACCUGGGGCCUGAUCGAGCAACUGCAAGCAGUGCUGACGGACCACAUCAGCGGCGCGGGGGCCCCGAGCGCCGGCGGGACCACGUUGACGACGGCGAACCACCUCACCUCGUCCCUCCAGGCACUAGGGAAGGUCAGCGCGGCCUUCCGGGCAGGGAAGAUGAAGGGUUCAUCUUCGGCGGUGUCGACGUCCACGGCGGCUCCUGGAGCCCCCGUGGUUGCUGCUAUGGGACCUCCUCCUACCAACAGUCAGGGUGUCCUGCUUCCUUCACCGCCAUCGACGGAGGACAAUCCGGCGACGGCAACGUCCGCGUCGACGGCACCGUAUUCCGUGGCGGGGAGGAGUUCGAUUGCGAGCGCGAAUACCGAAGGCAGCAGCCGGUCGGAUUGGGACAUGCAGAAUAUCCUGGGGCGGGUAUCGGAGGUGAUGUUGUUUCCGCGGUUGGAUCAGGAGUAGGUCUAUAGGAGCGUAGUUGGAGGGGUAUUUUGAGAUGGUAUUUGGAUAGAUGGUAUAUUCGGCAUAUAUAUAUAAGGAUUUGCUGGAUAUGGAAGAAAUGCUCUGGUUAGAUAGGGGUUUACAAUCAAAAGUUCGAAGUUCCGGAGUGAGCUGAAGUAGAAGGGAGAGAGAGAGAGAGAGAGAGAGGUCUGAGCAACACCGACUACGGACUAAGUAGGUUAAUCAGUAUUAUUAUUCUACCUGCAGAGCGCAUUGACAUCCUCCUACUUAACCUAUUACUCGGUGAGUUCUGCGUGUCAUUUUAGUUUAUUACUACGACUGUUUAUAGCUGCUUGUUUCUAUGCAUAGAAAAUGAAAAGUCCAAAUUACUGAAUCUGG